AUGCUCGGAAUAGCGCGGGAAGGUGAGCCAAAUCCAGAGCCGGGACGAGGUAAGCAGCAGCUGCCUCCAGUAUCGGCAAACGAGACUCAGUGUACAUUGCACAUCAUCCUCAAUUGCAACGAGAUAGGAAAAAAGCUCGAGGAGAACGUCUUCGGGGAUCUGGGAGAGCGGCAUGGCCGAGGCCAGGUCCAAGGUGCAGAGUACAACUCGGCUCAGGUUAUCAGAACCGCAUUGAUUCUACAUGGUGCACAAUUUCACUCUACUUACAGAAUGAGCGUACCAAUGCACAAGACAAAUAGCAUGCUCAAGGAAUGGCGAGCUCCAAUUUGCGCACGGAGUGCAGCACUCCUGGAAGAAGAAGUUGUGGCUUGCGCAGAGGUGGUACUACCACCCGUUCCGUUGACUGCACUCGUACCAAUUAUCCCUCGCGAGAGCGAAAGUGGAUUCCCGGUGGUGGUUGGAGAAGCUGCGUCACCAGAAGAAGCUGCAGAAGUUGGCAACGGCGCCGCGUUUACUGGAGCAUCCGUGGAGGCAUUCCCGUUAUCACUCGAGCUCGAAGAACCUGCGCUCGGAGGAGUGAACGGCGCGGUUUGA